AUGGCAGAGAAAACAGUGCAGUAUUCUGUGAUCGAUGCAUUCACCCAAUCUCCCUUCAAGGGGAAUCCGGCCGCUGUCUGCCUCUUGGAAGAAGAGAGAGAUGAUGCGUGGAUGCGGUCGGUUGCGCUGGAAUUCAACAUAGCACUUACCGCUUUCCUGACACGGAUUACCCCAUCCGUCGAUUCGGAGAACCACGAUCGGAAUCAGAGAUUCGGUCUCAGAUGGUUCACUCGGGGCACAGAGGUGAAAAUAUGCGGCCAUGCAACCUUAGCAGCUGCACAUUUUCUUUUUACAUCUGGAUUAGCAACAACCAACACAAUUGAGUUUCUCACAAAAUCUGGACUACUGACUGCCAGAAGAGUCGAUGGAUUUAAGCAACCGGGCACCUUGGCUUCUUUGAAUGAGAAUGCAGAAGAACUCUUCUCCAUUGAAUUGGAUUUUCCAACAAUCCCAUUGAUUGAAUGCAAUCCUGAAGAGCACCCAUCCAUUCCUAGGACACUGAAUGGUGUUCCAAUGAUCAAUAUAAAGAAAGCGGCUAUUCUUGACGACCUUGUUGUAGAACUCUCAUCAGGGAAUGCUGUGGCAGAACUACAACCACAGUUCGAUGAGCUACAAGAAUGUGCUGGAAGAGGGGUUAUCAUCACAGGGCUUGCUCCCCCUGGAUCUGGAUUUGAUUUUUGCACCCGCUUCUUCUGCCCAAAGUUGGGUGUCAAUGAGGAUGCUGUUUGCGGGAGUGCACAUUGUGCCUUGGCACCUUACUGGAGCAAGAAAUUGGGAAAACAUGACCUUAUUGCAUACAUGGCAUCUCCAAGAGGUGGAAGAUUGGAUCUGCAUCUAGAAGAGACGACCCAGCGAGUACUCAUUCGAGGCGAAGCUGUUACUAUUAUGUCGGGUCUGAUUUUGGUUUAGUUUUUGGGAAGCUUGCUAUCCAACUUGUGGGUGGCAUUCCCACUCAAGGAUGAUUAUUUGUUUGAUCAUAGGAAUAUAUUCAA